CCGCCCUAAAUUGAAAACCCUAAGAUAAAAACCCUCCGUUCUCCCUAAAACCCUAGAAACGCUCAAUCAACCAUGGCGGUCUCAGGGACCGUCCUCUCCACAAAGCCAAUCUCUCUCUCCAAAGCGACCUCGACUUUGUCCUCCUUCGUCUCCAGCGACACCGGCGCGUCGCAAGAGUUCAGCGUGUACCUCCAACGCGCCUUGGCAUCGUUCAAGGAGCUGAAGCAGCUCCACAAGGAGCUCAAAGCGCCGAGGACCCAACGCAGGCGAUCGCGGCAUAGGUCGGAGGCUGAAAAUGACGACGCAGAGACCGUCGGAGAGAAUCCGACCCGGAGUGUUGUGGUGAGUCAGGAAGUGAGUCAUGGGCUCGAGUUAGAAUCAAAGCCCAAGCCCAAAAGGCAGCGACAGGAGAGUAAUAGCAAUGGGAGGCUUGAGAAUGAAGAACCCAAUCGUCCGGUAGUGGAUGCUGUUGAGAGGAGGGAGGAGGAGGAGAAGAAGGAGAAGAAGGGUGAGUUUCUUAAUUUCAGGAAUGAUGGAGGUGCAAUUGCAGAGAGGGGAGGUGAGGGUGUUGAAAAGAGAGAGGCUUCUGAUCCAGUAGAGGUGCAUGACAAGAAGAAGAAAAAGAAGAGGGACAAUGUUAGUAAUUCUGAUGAAAAUGGGGGUCAUUUUGAGAAGGGAGAUGGUGGGGGUAAAGUUGCAGAGGGGGCAGGGGAGGGUGUUGAAAGAAGAGAGGCAGCUGAUUCAGCAGAGAUGCAUAAUAAGAAAAAGAACAAAAAGAAGGGGGACACUGUUGGUAAUUCCGUGGAAAAUGGGGGUCAAAUUGAGAAGGGAGAUGGUGGGGGUAAAAAUGCAGAGGUAGGAGGUGUGGGUCUUGAAAAGAGAGAGGCAGCUGAUUCAGUAGUGAUGCAUGAAAAGAAGAAGAAGAAAAAUAAGAAGGAUAAUGUUUGUAAUUCUGAUGAGAAUGCAGUGCAAAUUGAGAAGGGAGAUGGUGAGGCUAAAAUCAGAAACAAAGAGGUAAAGAAGGAAGAGGGGAAGAAGAGGAAGAGUGGGGUGUUAGAUGCUUUGGAGGAAAAUCUGGAGAAGAAAAAGAAGAGGAGGAAAAGUUGAGAAGAUAACCAAGUUUAAACGGUUGUCAUUUUUGUUGGGUUUCAGUUUUCUGAAAUUUCGUCAUGAUUUCAAUUCCAUGGAGGACCCUGCUCAGCAGGUUCAGGGAGGUUCAGGUUUUGAGGUUUCAAUGUAAUACCAAUUAUUAAGAGGAUCUGUUGUUUGUUUCUGGUUAUAUUAUGGAUUGCAAUGAAAAUUUUGCCGGUGAUUAAUGUCAUCUCA